GCUGGAGAUCCGCCAAAUUCAUACCAGAUUUUCAGUAAUUUACACAAGUCACUUCCCCAAAUGUCUGAUACAGGAAAGAGAUCCGAGCCUCAUUGUGCUGCCUUCUGAGAUAUCAAGAUAAGAGAAAUUUCAUAACUGGUAGGAGAUGUGUCCAUGAUUUGGUCUGAAUACGUUUAGUGACCAUCUAACAGAAGAGAAUGGCGGGUGGAAAGCCGAUCUUUCUUCUCAUCGUCUUUCAAGGCUUCUAUCUGGGUUCUGUGUGUCAGGAGUGGACGUUCCCUUCUAUAAUUACUGCUCUGAACGGCUCCUGCGUGGAGAUUCCUUGUACAUAUCAUCCUGCCAAUACCUCAGGGACGUCCAGCACUGUAUGGUACUUAUACAAGUAUAUGCAUAGAGAUCCAGAGAUCCUAAACACCAGGGACUCAUCUUCAGUAAAGGCGGAUUACAGAGACCGGACCUCACUGGUACCAGGAGAGAAUAGCUGCACCCUGAGGAUAGACCCUGUGAGAGGAGAAGAUGAUGAAGAAUAUUAUCCAGGGAUCACAGAAGAUAUUAAUAUCAAUGCAAAUAAGAAAUAUUCUACAACAGUUUCUCUCUAUGUCACAGAUUCUCCAAGAAUUUUUGGCUUUUAUGUUCUUACAUUUCUAAGAGAACGAAAAGCCACCAUUAUGCAAUGUGCUGCAGAUCACACGUGCGGCUCCAGUCCUCCUUCUCUAAAAUGGAACAAACCUGGGCGGAUUACGAAGAAGUCCGUGGAGAUUUCUGCAGGAUCCUGGAGAGAAGAGUCAGAGCUUACUUAUAUUCCUUCAUAUGUGGAUGAUGGGACCCGUGUUCAGUGCACUGUUAUAUAUCCCAAUGGGCAAAAAAUUAAGAGAUCAGACAAACUGAACAUUGAAUAUGCCCCAAAAAAUGUGUCCGUCAUCGUGAUGGAGGAAGUGAUGGAAGGAGGUGAUGUGACUUUACAGUGUAAAAGCUUCUCCAAGCCUGAGGUAGAUGAUUAUGAAUGGUACAAAGGAAAAACCAAAUUACCAGACAGAGGACAGAAGAUCACAGUGAGGAAUGUGACCAGGAACAUGGAGCCCUAUUCCUGUGCUGUAAGAAAUUAUCUGGGUAGAAGAAAAUCCGCCCCGACAGAGAUACAACCUGUUACCUGUAUACAAUCUGCUACAUGCAGUAUAUACAACCAGAUGUCUACACCAGCUGAAGGCUCUCAUUCUAGAAAGGUUAUCCUCCCAGCCACGAUUGGUACAAUCUGCUCACUGCUGCUUGUAUUGCUCGUCUACUUCUGUUGGAGAAGAAGAUCCCAGAUGAACCAGACAAGCCAUAAGACCACAGAGUCACCAGAUGCCACAUAUACUGAUCUUUUAAAAAAUGACGUUGGACAAAAUUAUGAACAAUUAAAGACUGCAGAGUCGCCAGAGGCCACAUAUGCUGUUCUUAUAAAAAGUGAUGUUGGACAAGAUUAUGAACAAUUAAAGCCUGGGAUCAUCAGAAGAGGACAUGAAGGUGCAGUUCACCAAUAUGAGAACAUUUACAAGUAAAACCAGUCUAAGAAUGAAUACAAUAGGGCAGAAUUAUGUUUUAUACCAUAUUGUCUUAGAGAGAAGAAGAAGCUACAUAAACGGCUGGGAGUAAUGACAAGCCAAUGCUAUUGGACAUCAAUGUUGGACUUGGGUUCCUAAGACUUUCCAGAGGAAAUUAUUCUCGAAGGCCCAACCUCUAUAUUAUCAAUAAAGUUUAAUAGAUUUUGAAUCAAAGAAAUAGACCAUAGUGGCACAUGAUUAAAUCUAAAAGCAGCCAGAUGAGUUUUUUUCUUCUGGCUCUUUUGGGCCAAUUAUCGUACCAGAGCCUGAGCCCACAGGAGGAUGUUCUGGUGCUUCGGUGGGCCUGUUGGACACCCUUCUCUUUUUCUUUCACUGUUAUGGGUGGAGGUUUGGAUGCCUACCUGAAACUUUUAUUCUACAGUUUUUACAUUUGCCUCCUGUUUAAUCAAAUGCUCAGAUAGGUU